GGGUGGGAAAGAGGAGCGUAGCACCCGCUCCCUUGCGGAGGGACCUUGACGUUUCUGGAGGUGGGCGAGCCUUCUUCGCUGGGGACCUCACUUCUGCCUUGAUGCCCUGGGAAGUUUUCCCAGCGCCUUGAAGAGGAAGGAGCAUUAAGCGCCAAGGUCUGCCACUGUCCCAGCCCGGGAGGAGCGAUCAGCAUGUCCUUUAGCAGAAAGAACUGGUCCGCGCUUUCCAGCCUUGCCCGACAAUGGAGUGCUGAGGAUGAGGAAGAACAGGAGAGAGAGCGCAGGCGAAGACACAGGCAGCAGAGUUCCAUCUCUGAAGCAAAUGAGGAAACCUCCAGCACGGAGAAGCAAGAUGGAAUCCACCAGGCACCAAACAGGUUCUGUAGUUCCUCAGAGGCAAAGCCACCAAAGCUGAGGAGCUCAAAGCAGGAAAGUGAGAGGACAUUGAUAGAUACAAUAAAUGAAGAGGAAAACAGAAGUGUAAGGAGGAGAAUAGAGAUCUUCAAUCAUAUGAAACAAGAUAAGAAAGAGGCAGUGGGUACCAGGAAGUUAGAAAAGGGGGCUGCUGUAGAGAAAGCAAGGCCCCUUUCACAACCAACACAGAAGCAGAAGAUUGCAGUAGUGGAAAAAUGUGAAGGCCUGACUCAGAAGGGCCCAUCAAGAGUAAAGCAGGAAAACCUGGUACAGGAACAGGAGGAGGCAACACUGGAAAAGCAGAAAAGUUUGGAUCAGGAAGAGAAGGAGAGGAUAUUGACUAAUCAUGAAAACUUGGAUCAGGAAGUGAAGGAACUUCAAACGGCCAAGGAUGAAGUCUUCAGCGAUGAGGAGAAAGCACCAAAUACAUGUGAGUCCCCCAAACUAGUUGCAGUCCAGAAUGAGGUGGCCACACAACAGCCUCAGCGAGCAUCUUGGGAACGGCGGAGUAUCAGCCGGCUUGAGGUGAAGAUUCAGCCAAGAGUAAGAAACUUCACUGAAACUGUUUCAGCUACAUCUUCUUCAAGGCCACAGGUUACAGAAAGAAGUAUUCCCAAAUCAAUUGAUGAAACUGUAAAUUCUCCCUCCAACAAAGAUGGAUCUGAAGCUUCUUUAAUUAUCUCUCGCCCAUUGAUUACCUACAGUAGUUCAUUCAAACGCGUCACUCCAAGGACAAUCUCCUUCCGGGUGGUUUCCAAGAAGGACAAAGAGGAUGAUACAGUAUUAAGCAGGAGUGCCAGCAUGAGGCUCCCAGCAAACACAGGUAGACUUGAGGAGAAACUGGAGAAAUACACUUCUGCUGUGCAGAGAGCAGGGUCAAUUAAACUGGCUCCAUCUGCCCGGAGGAAUUUUCAGUCACCUUUGGAGGGUGUGGCCAGCAAGCGCAGCAUCUUUGAAACCACUGUUCCCAGCCGAGUUGAGCCUGCCACUCUUAUCCGGAAGGAGAGUUUGAAGAUUCCAGGGGGAGUCUCUUCUCGCAUCAACCUCUGGAUCAGUCGAACCCAGGAGCCAAGCAAGGAUGAGGGAAUCAAGGAUAUUCGGAGAAGUGAGAAUGACCCACAGCAGAAUCAGUGGGGGAAACACUCUGAUGAUUCCUGAAAGAAAACCAGGACAUAACUGUGCAAGCUGCUCUGGGGAUAACCAAUCUCUAUUUAAAUCAAAGGCCUGGACCACUUCAAAUUCUUUUACAUCCCUGGUUUCAGACUAUUCCCUUCCACAGGGCCAUUUGCCCAGCGAGAAUAUUAUUUAUCCACCAACCUGCCUAUGGUGCCUUUUUAGGAUGGGGGUUUCUUGGUGAUUUAAAAAUGCUUCUUGUUGGUGGAUGGAAAAGUUGUCAAUGAAAUAGAAAAUGUGGCUUCCGUAUUCCACAAAUGUCCCUUUCUACUUACUGCAUCUUGUAGCCCCCAAAUACGAAAGCCUCACAUUCUACCAGCAACCCGAGAACCAGUGUGGAGUGCAACAGCUGGAGUGCUGGAUUAGGACUUGAGGGAUCCAGGUUCAGUUCCCCCACUUGAUCUAGGACACUACCUGGCUGCCCCAGGGUUGGUCCCUCUCUGCCAGCUUGGCUUACCUGCCUCACAGGGUCCAUGUGAGGAUAAAGUAGGGAAGAGAAUAGCUGUAAAAACUUCUUUAAGACCAUUGGAGGAAAGGCAAGAUAUAAAUCUAACAAAUAAAACCUUGUCCGUCCCAAAACAAUGUCAGCUAGGACUCGUGGUCCCCAGCAUCAUGUUGGUAAGAUUAUGGAGGAAAUGUAAUGUAUUGGGCACUUCACGGUGGGGACAUUUAGCAAAGCAGUUCCCAGUGGAGACUUGCUGCUAUCUGAAUAGUGGGUGUGGGGUGCCGUAUGGCAUGUGCAAUGGAGAAGGGAGUAAAUGCCUAAAUGUGUGUUGGGGGCCUUCUUUCUAUAGUGACCCAUGGGGAAGAGGAAGGUAAAAAGGCCUUCUGAAAAAUUAUCAAAGUUUAUGUAUGUUAGCAAGUGGGUUUCCACUUGGCCUUGCUGAAACCCACAGAAGAGUUCCACUGUAUCUUAAAUCCCACUUUAAAGCAGGAUUUCUUGUACAAGCCUGGAAGCCUGCUUAGAAGCAGAGCUUGGGAGUAAUUUGUAGCAAGUCAUGAAAUCACCCAUAAUAUCUUGCUUGAGAGGGAUAAUGUAGUAGCAUUUACUCAUUGUCUUUUCUUUCCAUUUUUUGGAAGCUAAUGCCUUUUGGGGGAGGCUUUGAGACAAGGUUCUUAGGCCUUGAAAAAACAUUUUUUUAAAGGAAAUAAAAAAUAAAUUGGAAGUAAAAAAAGCAAUGUAACUAGUUCCUAAAACUGUUUGAUAACAACAACAAGGUGCCUGUUAGGGAAUUUGUAACAAGUAAGACAAUAAAAUUCUGCUUAAAAGCAACAUCCAUAGGACCUAUUCCCAGAAAGAUGUAUAAAGGAUUGCUGCCUAACUUUAGUUAAGCUGAGGCUGUAACAUCUUAUGUGUACCUUGUCCAUAACGUCAUAAUUCACUGAGUUAAAAGUCAGGUAAUUCAGGUGCAAUGUACAGAGCUGAGGAAAUUUCCUUUUUUGAAUUAGAGCUGCCAUAAUCCCCCAGCAGGAUUUUGAAAGAUGUAGUCAAAAAAGAGAAAAUAACUUUUCCAAUGAUCAUACUGAGAAGCACCUAGCUUCAUGGGUUAAGGUGAAUUUGCCUCUCACUGUAUUUCACAAUAAAUAGAACUUUUAUUCAAAUA